AACUCAUUGAAAGCUGCAUGUUAACAAACAGAUUUGAAGUGAUUAGUGAUGGGGCUGCUGUCUCUUUUUGAUCAGCAAUAAAAGUAAAUAUCCCAUAAAAAUACAAAGCCACCAGUGAGAGAAAAAGUCCAACUCCCAGUGCAACCUGCAGGUGGAGACGCUGAACUUCAGGCCCAUAAAGACGUGAACAGCUCAGGAUGUCUCUCUGCAUCACAGCUUUGGUUCACUCUGCAGAGCUCCAGCUCACUGAUCACACCUGAGAGAGUUUGAUCCUAAUUAGUGGAGAAAACAUGUUGAUCAGCUGACAGCGUUCUUCUUUCAGUGCUGGAACAACAACUGCAGCAGCAACGUGUCUCUGAUCAGUCUGUCCACAGCUCUGUUAGUAAAUGUGUCUUCAGCUGAGCAGCAUCAGAACAUGAGUUGAAAGAAGGAAACCCCACAGCCAGGUGGAGUUACCUGUAGUCAUGUGAUCUCCAGGAAUCAGAGGAGCAGCUCUGAGUGACUUUAGAGCAGAAGAAUGAGGAAAUGAACAGUUCAGAUCCAUUUUACAGCCGACAGAGGAGGACUACAGGACCGACUGAAGUCCACAAGAUGAGAGAUUCUGAGGAGGAGGAGGAGUUUCCAUCCUCCAGCCGUCUGUCCAUGAAGAGUGACCGGUCCAAUGAUCAUCCUCCAUUUUUCAGUAAAGAACCUGAACCCUCAGACACAAACAGACAGAGAUCAGAGUUUCUAUCCUCCAGCCGUCUGUCCAUGAAGAGUGACCGGUCCAAAGAUUUUAAUCCAGACUUCAGUAAAGAACCUGAACCCUCAGACACAAAAGUGAUGAAGAGGAGGGGAGUUUGUGUGGAGGAGCAGCCGUCCCGCUGUGCUCGGUGUCAGGACGUCCUGAAGGAUCCAGUCUCUAGCAGCUGUGGACACUGGUUCUGCAGACAGUGCAUCAGCUCAGACUGGGACCAGUCUGCUCCAUCAGGACACUCCUCCUGUCCCCAGUGUGGAGAAAGAUCCAGAACCAGCAGCUGUGGACAAAGUGUUGGUCUGCAGGAGGUUCUGCAGGAACAUAAGAUGAGUCUGAGGAGGAGAUGUGAACAUGUGACUGAAGGAAGUGAUGAAGCAGGAGGUGGAACCCUCCUCAACAGGAUCUACACUGAGCUCUACAUCACAGAGGGACACAGUGGAGAGGCUGAUGUCCAACAUGAGGUGGAGCAGCUGGAGACAGCUUCCAAGAAGAGCCUCCAUGACACUCCCAUCAGGUGCCAGGACAUCUUUAAAGCCUUACCUGAGCAGCAGAGAGCCAUCAGAGUGGUCCUGACCAACGGCGUGGCCGGCGUGGGAAAAACCUUCUCAGUGCUGAAGUUCACUCUGGACUGGGCAGAGGGCGGAGAAAACCAAGACGUCAGUGUGGUGGUGGUGCUUCCGUUCAGGGAGCUGAACUUGAUCAGAGAUGAGCAGCACAGUCUUCUCACGCUGCUCCAUGUUUUCCAUCCAACGUUACAGAAGGUGACAGCAGAGCAGCUGGCUGUCUGUAAACUUUUGUUCAUCUUUGACGGUCUGGAUGAAAGCAGACUUUCACUGGAUUUCACCAACAGGAAGGUUGUGUCUGACGUCAGCCAGAAGUCAUCGCUGGACGUUCUGCUGGUCAACCUCAUGGAGGGGAAUCUGCUUCCCUCGGCUCUGGUCUGGAUCACUUCCCGCCCUGCGGCAGCCAAUCAGAUCCCUCCUAAACGUGUGGACAGGUUCACAGAAGUACGAGGCUUCACCGACGUCCAGAAGGAGGAGUACUUCAGGAGGAGGAUCAGUGAUGAAGAGCGCUCCAGCACAAUCAUCUCCCACAUGAAGACAUCCAGGAACCUCCACAUCAUGUGUCGACUCCCAGUGUUCUGCUGGAUCACUGCUGCAGUUCUGGAGCACAUGUUGACCACAGAGCAGAGAGGAGAGCUGCCCCAGAGCAUGACUGAGAUGUUCUCACACUUCCUGCUGGUUCAGACACAGAGGAAGAAGAAGAAGUACCAUGAGGGACCUGAGACGAGUCCACAGGAGCUGACGGAGGCUGACAGGGAAGUUCUUCUGAAGCUGGGGAGGCUGGCCUUUGAACAUCUGGAGAAAGGAAACAUCAUGUUCUACCAAGAAGACCUGGAGCAGUGUGGUCUGGAUGUGACAGAGGCCUCGGUGUUGUCAGGAGUUUGUACCCAGAUCUUCAGGAGAGAGUGUGAGAUGUUCCAGAAACCAGUCUACUGCUUUGUUCAUCUGAGCGUUCAGGAGUUUCUGGCUGCAGUCUACAUGUUCCACUGUUACACCAACAGGAAGAUGGAGGUUCUGGAGAAGUUCCUGGGAGAAGAACGGAAAGAUCUUUAUGUUGAAGAUGAAGAUGAUGAUGAUGAUGAUAACACAGACAUCUCAUCCCUGGAUGAUUUCCUGAAGAGAGUCAUGCAGAAAUCCCUCUUCAGUAGAAAUGGUCACCUGGACCUGUUUGUUCGCUUCCUUCAUGGCCUCUGUCUGGAGUCCAACCAGAGACUCUUAGGAGGUCUGCUGGGUCGGACAGAGAACCAUCCAGAAAUUAUCCAGAGAAUCAUCAACAACCUGAAGGAGAUGAACAGUGAUGAAAUAUCCCCAGACAGAAGCAUCAACAUCUUCCACUGUCUGAUGGAGAUGAAGGAUCUCUCAGUACAUCAGGAGAUCCAAGAGUUCCUGCAGUCAGAGAACAGAUCAGAGAAGGAACUCUCUGAGAUCCAGUGCUCAGCUCUGGCCUACAUGCUGCAGAUGUCAGAGGAGGUUCUGGAUGAGUUGGACCUGAACAAGUACAACACAUCAUAUGAGGGAAGACGGAGACUGAUUCCAGCUGUGAGGAACUGCAGAAAGGCUCGACUUAUUGGCUGUGAUCUCUCAGAGAGUCACUGUGAAGUCGUGGCCUCAGCUCUGAAGUCCAACCCCUCCCAUCUGAUAGAACUGAACCUGAGGAAGAACAAGAACCUGGAGUAUUCAGGAGGGGUGAAGCAUCUUUGUGAUGGACUGCAGAGUCCAAACUGUAAACUGGAGACUCUCAGUUUGAAGUGCUGCAGUUUGUCAGAGAUCAGCUGUGAUUCUCUGGUCUCAGCUCUGAAGUCCAACCCCUCACAUCUGGAACAUCUGGAACAUCUGGACCUGAGCUGGAACAACCUGAAGGAUUCAGGAGUGAAACAUCUGAGUGGUUUUGUGGAGAGUCCAGACUGCAUCCUGAAGACUCUGAGAUUGGAGUGCUGCAGGUUGUCAGAGAUCAGCUGUGAUUCUCUGGUCUCAGCUCUGAAGUCCAACCCCUCACAUCUGGAACAUCUGGACCUGAGCCUCAACGAACUGAAGGAUUCAGGAGUGAAACAUCUGAGUGGUUUUGUGGAGAGUCCAGACUGCAUCCUGAAGACUCUGAGAUUGGAGAAAUGCAGGUUGUCAAAGAUCAGCUGUGAUUCUCUGGUCUCAGCUCUGAAGUCCAACCCCUCCCAUCUGGAACAUCUGGACCUGAGCAUCAACAACCUGCAGGAAUCAUCAGUGAAACAUCUGUUAGAUCUUGUGGAGAGUCCAGACUGCAUCCUGAAGACUCUGAGAUUGAGGGACUGCAGUUUGUCAGAGAUCAGCUGUGAUUCUCUGGUCUCAGCUCUGAAGUCCAACCCCUCACAUCUGGAACAUCUGGACCUGAGCUGGAACGACCUGAAGGAUUCAUCAGUGAAACAUCUGAGUGGUUUUGUGGAGAGUCCAGACUGCAUCCUGAAGACUCUGGAAUUGAAGCUCUGCAUGUUGUCAGAGAUCAGCUGUGAUUCUUUGGUCUCAGCUCUGAAGUCCAACCCCUCACAUCUGGAACAUCUGGACCUGAGUGACAACGACCUGAAGGAUUCAGGAGUGAAACAUCUGAGUGGUUUUGUGGAGAGUCCAGACUGCAUCCUGAAGACUCUGAGAUUGAGGGACUGCAAUUUGUCAGAGAUCAGCUGUGAUUCUCUGGUCUCAGCUCUGAAGUCCAACCCCUCACAUCUGGAACAUCUGGACCUGAGCUGGAACGACCUGAAGGAUUCAUCAGUGAAACAUCUGAGUGGUUUUGUGGAGAGUCCAGACUGCAUCCUGAAGACUCUGGAAUUGAAGGACUGCAGUUUGUCUGAGAUCAGCUGUGAUUCUCUGGUCUCAGCUCUGAAGUCCAACCCCUCACAUCUGGAACAUCUGGACCUGAGCGAGAACGACCUGAAGGAUUCAGGAGUGAAACAUCUGAGUGGUUUUGUGGAGAGUCCAGACUGCAUCCUGAAGACUCUGAGAUUGAGGGGCUGCAGGUUGUCAGAGAUCAGCUGUGAUUCUCUGGUCUCAGCUCUGAAGUCCAACCCCUCCCAUCUGGAACAUCUGGACCUGAGCGAGAACGACGUGAAGGAUUCAGGAGUGAAACAUCUGAGUGGUUUUGUGGAGAGUCCAGACUGCAUCCUGAAGACUCUGGGAUUGGUGGGCUGCAGUUUGUCAGAGAUCAGCUGUGAUUCUCUGGUCUCAGCUCUGAAGUCCAACCCCUCCCAUCUGGAACAUCUGGACCUGAGCAGGAACAAGCUGAAGGAAUCAUCAGUGAAACAUCUGUUAGAUCUUGUGGAGAGUCCAGACUGCAGCCUGAAGACUCUGGAAUGGGAGUCGGAGUGGUGAUCAGGACGGUGUUUGUGGUGAGAGGAUGAAGUGUGUUCUGAUGAUCCAGAGGUUGAAGCAGCAGCUGGUGUGUAGAGACUCUGACUGGACCAUGUUACUGGGAGGUGGACUGGGAACCAGUGGAACAUGUGUUCUUAUCCUAUAUAUGUAUAUAUUAGUGCCGUCAAAUGAUUAAAAUGUUGAAUCAGAUUAAUCACAUGGCUGUUGUGGAUCAAUCUCGAUUAAUCACCAUUAAAUAUCAUAAAUUUUUAUAUUAAUCAUGUUUCAUUUUUCAUGAGCAAACGGACUCAAGAAAGAAGAGAAUAUCUCUGUACUUAAGGUGUUUAUUAAACACUUGUGCUUCAGUGAAAAUAAAACUCCUUCCUGCAGAGUGUA